AUGGCCAACACAAUUUCUGGUCUUCUUUCUUCAAACCCUCUCAAGCGCAAGGCGUCCCAAACGUCUUGCCUCUCCCCCUCUAAUGCUGCUGCUCUCCCUCCCUGCCUAUCCUCCGACUCAACCUCCCUCACGGGCUUCUUCUCUUCCUCCGCCGUCGCCGCCGACGCUGGCGCUUCGUCUCAGAACGAGCACCCCAACCAGCCCUCCGCCAAGCGCUACCGCGGCGUGCGUCAGCGCUCAUGGGGCAAGUGGGUGUGCGAGAUCCGCGAGCCGCGCACGCGCGCGCGCGUCUGGCUGGGAUCGUACAGCUCGGCGGAGGAGGCCGCGCGCGUCUACGACACCGCUGCGCUCAUGCUGCACGGCGCGCACGGCGCGGAGCGCCGGCUGAACUUCCCCCACGCCGCGGCGACCUCCAUCGAGGGGGGAAUCCGCAUGCGCCCCGUCGUGGUCUCCCGCGCAACGGCCGAGUCUCUCCUCCGCGCGGCGCGCAAUCUCGCUGCGUCCGCGAACGGCGCGGAGUCAGCGGCAGCGGAAGCCGACGCGAAGACGUUCAACAGCGAGUGGGUGCAGCUGGAAAUCGCGGGCGGUAACGUCCUCUUUGCAGAGUGCCCCGCGCCCGGGCUCCUCCCCUUCACCCCCAUCGCUCCAGCUCCCGCCGUUGCGCCGUCGGUCCCCGCUGUCGCCCCCGCGCCUGCUGCGAAUCCCUCACCUUCUCCUGUCCCCGCCGACAACCUUCCCGUCGCAUCGUUCACAAGUGCCGCCGACGUCGCAGGCGUCGCGUGCUUCAGCAGCGACAACGACAGCAGCUCUAUUCUGGAGCUCCCAGAGCUCGACUGGCCCGAAAUCGAGAAGUCCGAGUCGACUCUCUUCGAGGACGCCUGGAAUCUGUCCGACGAAGAGCUCUUCGGCUCCGCUUCCGCUUCCGCCUCCGCUUCCCCCUCCGCUUCGGUUUCCGCUUCCCCCUCCCGCAACUCCGCCUUCGCCUGGGAGUCGGAGUCGGCCGCCGCGCUCGAGAGCCCCGUCCCGUUUUUCCCGGUCGAUGAUGAGGGGAUUCAAUUCGUGCCUUCCCCGCCGACGUUUCCGCCGGUGUUCCCCGCACCUGUCGACGCGCCCUUGUCGCCGUCUUCCUCGUACGGCAGCUUGUCGCGCUCCGCGUCCGUCAGUAACGACGUCGCCGUCGGCGCGGCUUCCGACGCCGUCUCCGCGGGCUCCGCGGGGAACGCGCAGCAGCGGCAGCGCGCGGACGUGCUGGUGUCGCUGGUGCGCGAGCUGACGAGCAUCACGGCCGUCCUCAUGAUGAUUGUCUUUCUUCCCGAAAGCCAACCUCCUGACGAGCUCGAGACGAAUUCUCGUGUGUCAACCUGA